GCGAACUAAAUGUCUGUGUUGUUGAUUACCUGUUGCACGGUCAUCUUAUCAACUUAUCUGUUUUCCCCGGGAUUUUGUCUACCAGAGCUGUUUAUUUUUGUUUUUGAAUACCGACGAAACUAUCACUACUAAUGCAUCUUAUCGCCCAAUCGAUCCAGAGACCAUUCAGCAUGUUUACUAUCGGUACCCGUUGAGUCCGUUAGCACCACACGAGUUAGCGCGUAGUGACUUAUUUGUGUUUUGACUGUGCUCACGUAAGGUGUUAGUGAUCCACCAGAUGGAGAUCAAUAGUUUCCCCAGUGAGGUGCUUUGCUGCAUAUUCGACUUUCUCACAUGGAAUGAUCGUAAGCGUGCCUCUCUGGUAUGUCGUCGCUGGAAUGGAAUCAUUAAUUCGGACCGCUAUCUACGUCAUUCGAAAUUGGUUCUGUAUAACUAUACGAAAGUGCAAUUCUUCUCAGGAGUUGAGGUCGGUCUAAUCAACACCCAACGGAACAUUGAAUUCCACUCAAGCCCCAUGCUUGAUACCGACGAACUCCUGUCGACAAUUAACGAGGCCUUUCCAAGUGGUGAAGCAGUAGUCGAGUGCAUUGAUUUAUUCCUGAGAUCAGAUCACGAGCAACUUUGUAACCUAGUGAUAGUGAAUCUACCAAAGCUAAAACAUCUGAAACGUUUAAACAUCUUGGCCAACGAAGGUUUCAGAACAUUGAACAGAGAGUUGCAAAUCGAAAGUGAGACACUGGAGAAAUUGAAACUAUCGUUUUACCAAAACACACCGUGCCAUCUUCAAACUCCAAAUCUUCGUUCACUGGACUUGGUGAUCCGAUAUCCUAGUGACAGUAAUCUGCUACACGCAGUUAGUCAGCAGCUUAAGGAGUUAACGGUUACCUUUCAAUCCAAAGACUUGGUUGCACAGUUGUUCUUGUGUAGCUUCGGUAACCUGGAAAAGCUGAACAUUUCUAUUGAAAAUGAUAAAUAUCUACCAUAUACAGUUUCACGCACAUUGGUGAGCAGUUGGCAUGAAAUAAAAGUGUUCAUUGAUUCAAUACGAGGACUGAAAAAGCUGGAAGUAGUCGACAAAUGCAAUAUGUUACGGCACAACUAUCUAAAUGUGUUUACGUACGCAGAAAACUUAGAGUAUCUCUCUGUAAAUUACAUUAUACUAGACUGGACAAUUGUUGAAUUUGUUUCCAAAUUCAAAAAUCUUCGUUACCUAAAUCUACGAGGAUGUUCAACUGCAGGAGAACCUAUUCUUUUGGAUUUACCUCACCUCGAAGAGCUCCAGAUGCCUUAUAAACAUUACGCCACGUUACCAUGUACAAAUCUCCGCAAUCUGACGACCCUUUCUUACAGUAGCUCGCAAAAGAACCACGCUCAAUUCAUACAUCAAAUCGCCAAAACUUUUACGAACCUACGAACCUUAAAUCUAUUGAAUUUCGACUACGAAUUAUCAUCAAAUUCGUUCGAAUUUCUAGAUCAUCUAACACUCCUUAAAACAUUGACCAUUCGUGAUAUGUCUGUAUCGAAUGAGCUAUUCUUAAAAUGCCCUGCACUCUCGACAUUACAGAAGCUUGAACUUAGGACAAUUGUGACGGAAAUCUCAUUGCUCGACUGUUUUCCGGAUAAGUUCAGACAUCUGUACAAGUUGGACAUUAACAACUGCUUCUUCUACAUCUUCACGACCGAUGAAUCGAAAACAUCGAUUACGUUUGGGCGACUGAGGACGCUAAUGCCCCGCUGUCGGAUAUCAACGAUUGACUCGACCGUAUUCACCAAUGAGCAAUAUGACCAGAACCCAAUCUACAUUCCGGGUUGAAGAGCAAAUAUGUGUUUUAAAUUAAAAGAUUUUAUAUUCAUAUUUUAUUUCUGUACGUUCUAAAGCUGCUGUAAGGAUGUCCUGUUGUUCAGUUUAAUGAAUAGCUGAUUUGAUAUGCUCGUGAUAAUAUGUUUAAGUAAAUUCUAGAAUAGACGAAAAAUCGUCUGACAGUGAUAAGAAAUAGCCUAACAUUAAAAGUCACUCAAAUAAAUUACUUUGAAUAUAAAAACGUUCUUUA